AUGGUUGUUGGAGAUAUUUUGUCAAGAGAAAAGGUCUGGCGAUUGCUGAAUCCCUGGGGCGACGCCCAUAAUGUCGCAUCUCUGGAACUACGAAAUCUACUUGAGAAAAAUGAAGUUGAACCACCAACACUCUUUAUUGAGCUCUUGGAACUUACCAAAGGGAAGGACAAUGAUUCCGUCUGGAGGGAGACUUCCCGGUGGAUCAAAUUCGAAGAAAACGUCGACCAGGGAGGCUCUCGAUGGUCAAAAGCUCACGUGGGGACAAUUUCCAUUUCGGUCAUGAAAAAAGUACGUUCGAUGCUCGACCAUGCGCAUUUUUUCUUUGACGAAGAAGGCACCAACUUACACGACAUCAUCGAACACGAUGCUGAGAAGAUCUUUCCGUGCGAUGACACCAAGUCUCACUUAUUGUCUGAACUCGUCUCCGAUCGAUGUUACAAGCACUUGACGAAACACAAUAUGAACACGGAAAAGAAGGUAAAGCGACACUUUGCCGAGAAGAUUCCUGAAGGCGCAGAAGGAUGCGUCAUUCUAACUGGAAACGUCGAGUUCCUCCAGAAACCACUUGUCAUGUUCAUCCGCCUUGCAAAACCAGCACAGCUCGCUGGAAUCACAGAAGUAACAAUUGAAACUCGAUUCGUCAUCGUCUGCCUUGGGAAGGAAUCGUACAAAGACGAGUUCCACCAGAUAGGCCGCGUCUUUGGCAAUAUCAUGGCCGACCCGGUCGUGAAAAACGUAGCGUACACGUCGAGCCAAGCCAGACACAUUAUAGAAGCAUUCGAUGAGUUUUCUUCGUCAUCUGUCGCCAUGUCGCCUAAUCAGUGGGAUCCGCGAAUCCGGCUUCAGCCACCUGUUGUCAAGGAUCAAGGGAUGGAGCGUCUGUUUUCAUCUGAAUUCAAGGGUCAUUCUCAGGGCGUUGGCUAUGGAACAGGAGGGUUGAAGAACUCCGACCAUGAGCUUGAUGAGUCUCUACAGCGAACCGGACGUCUUUUUGGAGGCCUUAUGAACGAUAUCAGACGAAAAGCGCCUUGGUACCUUUCUGAUUGGACCGAUGGCUUCAAUACCUCCUGCAUCGCUACUAUAAUGUUUUUGUAUUUUGCUGUUAUAACUCCUAUCAUCACUUUUGGCGGUCUCCUUGCCGAUGCAACGCACAACAACAUCGCAGCGAUGGAAAGCAUGGUUGGGGGAGCAAUUGCCGGAUCGAUAUUCCACAUGUUCGCAGGGCAGCCACUGACCAUAAUCGGCUCAACAGGCCCGAUCCUCGUUUUUGAAACGAUCAUGUACUACAUUUCGCAAGAUUUUGGCCUUGACUACUUGGAACUGCGGCUUUGGGUCGGCACAUUUAUAGGACUAAUGUGUUUCGUUCUGGUCGCUACUGAUGCUUCCUAUCUUGUGAUGUACAUAACGCGGUUUACGGAAGAGUCGUUUUCAACGCUGAUAUCGUUGAUCUUCAUCACUGAUGGAUUCAAGAAGCUCUUUUCUAUCUACAAGUCGAACAAGAUCAACUUCGACUGGGAGCGGAAUGGCGUUUUAUCAUACGACUGUAAUUGCUACGCACCACUAACGACUGGUAAUUACAGCGACCUGAAACUAAACAGGACCGAAGAAGAUUGGGAAAAUGACGCGCUUAGUCGAAUAAUCAUGCAUGGAAAGAAUCCGGCACCUGAGCGAACUUGGGCAAGUGAAAACGCUUACCACUGUAUCUACAGAAACUCUUACAAAUUUGUCAACCUCACUCAAGGAACAAGUUGGAUAGAAAAAGAUGUCAAUACUUGCCUUAUGCAUUGUGGUGUUCUCGAUGGCUCAUCAUGCCCACUUUACAAAGUCGAUCAAGCAGCGCUAGAAAGUGCCACAGGAACUGCUGAUCAUAAAAUUCUUUCAUCUUUGGCAAGCCAUGAAGGUGUUCAAAUUCACGAUGCGAGCUUUUUGGAGAAGUAUCAAGUUGAAACCUUCAACCACAUCUAUGUCCCUGAUGUGUUCUUUGUGUCACUAUUCCUCGCCUUUGGAACUCUAGCGAUUAGUUUCACACUCAAGGGAUUGAAACAGAAGCGUUAUUUUUCCGUCCGAGCUAGAAACCUUAUUUCCGAAUUUGCCGUCGUAAUCGCCAUCGCUACCAUGGUGUCCGUAGACAUGAUUCUCGGAAUGGAAACGCCCAAACUUCAUGUUCCUAAUCAAUUCCGUCCGACUCGGUCUGAUCGUGGCUGGUUCAUUCCUCCCUUUGGCAAGAACCCCGCCUGGUCGAUCGGUUUAGCCAUCGUGUUUGCUCUUAUGGGAACGAUUCUCAUUUUCAUGGAUCAGCAAAUCACCGCUGUCAUUGUUAAUCGAAGGGAGAAUAAGCUGAAAAAGGGCGUCGGCUAUCACUUGGAUUUGCUUGUCGCCGCUAUCGCGCUCAUGAUAUGUUCCUGGUUCGGCCUUCCGUGGUUUAUUGCUGCUACUGUCUUGUCCAUCACACAUGUCAACUCACUCAAACAAGAUGCGCAUCAGAAGAUUCCAGGUGAACCUGAUACAUUCUCCGGAUGCAUUGAGCAACGACUCACUGGUUUGUGCAUUUUCGUUCUGAUUGGCUGUUCAAUUUUCCUGGCUCCGUGGCUGUCGAAUAUCCCGAUGCCUUGUCUCUACGGUGUUUUUCUCUACAUGGGCUUCAGCUCUCUCCGCGGUGUUCAAUUCUUCCAACGCAUCAAGCUUUUCUUCAUCCCCAAGAAAUACCACCCAGACUACAUUUACCUGCGUCACGUUCCCGUUCUCAAAGUUCACCUCUUCACCAUCAUUCAAAUCGGCGGUCUGGCCGUUCUCUGGGCCAUCAAGUCGUACAAACCGAUCUCAAUCAUCUUCCCCGUCAUGGUAGUCGCAAUUGUCGGCAUACGUAAGGCUUUCGACUAUUUCCCGAGACUUUUCAAUCAGCGUGAAUUGAGCUGGCUCGAUGAUCUGAUUCCAGAGCAGGAGAAGAAGGAAAAAGAAAUGGAAGAUGAAGGUCUUAUUGUAAAGAAGCCUUCUGUUUAA